CUACUAAUUGGUCCGUCAAUUUAAAACAAAGCAUACCGACACCGCACGAAAGAAUUUUACUAUUACUAAAUUUAUACUGGGCGUGUUUACAUAUUAAAAUAUUAAUAUUAUAUUAAUUGGCGUGGAAUUAUGGUAUCUAAAUCAUCGGAUGGCAUUGGGGUAACCCCCUUUUCCUCAAACCUAAGUCGAGGGAAGUGGGAAAAACCCUCGGACUAUUUAUUUGCCUGCUUUGGAUUAGCUCUCAAAAUGGAUAUAUUUGUGGACUCAUAUUGGUUCUAUUUUGAUACGUACAUUAUUACAAUGCUGCCGCAUUUUUUGUAUAUGGUGAUCUAUUUGGUUCCGAUUGUGGUGAUUCACUCAUUUAUGGGCCAGUUUUCCAGCAGUGGCUUUAUCUCCGCCUUUCGUCUAUCCCCUUUUUUCAAAGGCAUGGGAUAUGUCAGCGUUUUCCUGACCAUCUCCAUGCUCAUUUACUACACUAUUUUUGCUGCUAUUCCGCUCCUCUUUAUUAUCAACUCUUUUCGGCCCACUCUACCUUGGAGCUGUGAAGGCCUAAAGUCGUGGCACAAUGAUUCCGAGCUAUCGACUGUAAGGAAAUUGUUUAAAAAAAUUGAAUACAGAAAUAAUAUUAUUUUUUGGUAUUUUAAGACGUGUAAUAUGACCGAGAAUGCGAAAACAUUUAAGAUUGAUAACGAAACAAGCUUUGAAUUAACCAUUUUUCAUGUCCCUUCUGUAGUCUACUUUCAAAACCAUUUUGAAACAUUGAAAGACGGCAGAGCGCCCGCUAGUCGGGACUAUGAGCUAUCCUGGCACUUCGUGGGCCUUUUCGCUCUGGCUUGGGCAAUGAUUGCUAUUAUAUUCCAUAGGUUCUCAGAGACGGCAAAGUUUGGAAACUUUAUACGUAACAUGGUUAUUGGGACCCUAGUUCUUCUUUUAGUGUGUUUUGUGCGCUUUCUAUUUCUUCCAGGAUUAUAUUUGGAACAAAUGAUAGAUGUGAGAAUUUAUUCAAAUACAAUGGCUAGGGGAGCUACGUCAACAUUUAUCAUUGCUCUACAAGCCUUCGGAGCUGGCUGGGGCAGCGUGAUAGCCCUCUCCAGUUUUAAUAAGUUCAAGACCAACAUAAUCUCGUACAGUUGGAUUAUUUCCUUUGGACAGAUCUUCAUUUACAUAAUGUUUGGCUUGGUGUCCUCUAUGCUACACCAAUACUUUCAUGUAAACGCAGAUACUUCGUUUUCUAGUUUUGUUCAGAGCCAUUGGCUAUUGUUUUUGUCUAGUGCAUCUGCCUUGUCUUCUGUGGGCUGGCCGAACCUGUGGACUCUUAUUUAUUAUACCAUGUUAUUAAUGGCAGCUCUUAUUGUCAUGUCAACACAAUUAUUUACUGUCCUGCAAAGUUUGUUUGACGAGUUUGAUGAACUUAGAGUGAGGAAACAGGAGGUAAUCUUUUGCCUUAUAGGUGUCCUUGCAUUUAGUUCAUUUUUCUUCUGCACAAAUCAUGGCAUAAUACAUUUUUCAGCAUUGAGUCUUGAUGCUAUUUUUUCACAAACUGUGCUCCAUUUAUUGCUAAUUUUCGUGGUUUUUUGGAUAUACGGCCCAAAAAGUUUCCAGCGGGAUAUUGAGUUCAUGUUGGGGCAGCCGCUUGACUCCUGGAAGAUAUUUUUACUCCGCUUCGUGGCUCCGAUCAUUUUAGUGAUUUGUCUGAUAGGUGUUGUGUCCGAAGCGGAGCACUCCUACUUCCCAGCAGUGGUCCUCUGGAUGUCCAUUAUUCUGGUAGUGUUACCCAUUCUGGCCAUCCCUGGUUACGGAUUAUACUACCUUUCCCAGAGCCCAGGCACCUUUCGCGGGCGCCUAAGACGCAUCUUUCAACCCAACGAUUGGUACCCGGUAGAGAUGGAGUACCGCCAGCAGUACCAGGAAACUGUAGGAAACACUGAGAUGACCCAUCAGUUUUUCGGGGUAACCGAGGAUUAAACUAAGAAGCAGUACAAAAUAUAAAAAAUAUAUAUAUAGCCCAAAGCCUAAGUAGCUUUAGCUGUCUAUCCGUGUUGCUACAGUUUAUAACUUAAGGCAAUCAGUAUGUAAACAUAUAAAUAUAAAAAUAUGUACUCGUAUGUGAAUGCAGA